UUUCACAUUAAUUAAAAAAAUAGAAAAGAGGUGCAAAGAACAUCUAGUACACUCGAUCCAGCUAAAUCUUGUAACCUUUCUUCUCCCAAACAUCUUCUAUUAUCAUUCUCUUCCAUCCCAAGAAGAAACACACACACACACAUCGGAUAUCACAAAAAACUCAAUAACUUUCCAAAUUCUCCAAUACCCAUUUCCAGUUCUCCAUUUAUGGCAUCACCGAAAAAGCCACCGGCAGAAUCCGACCGACCACCGACGGCGAUCAUGCACCAACCUGCAUCUCCUCGUUUCCCUUCCGGAACACCCACUUCACGCGCCAACCGAAAGAUCGCUAUCGCCGUCGAUCUUAGCGACGAAAGCGCUUACGCUGUCAAAUGGGCCGUCCAAAAUUACCUCCGACCAGGUGACGCCGUUAUCCUCCUCCACGUCCGUCCAACUUCCGUUCUCUACGGCGCUGAUUGGGGUGCUAUUGAUGUCCCCCUUGACGACACUACAAAUGAAGAAUCACAGCAGAAAUUAGAAGAUGAUUUUGAUAACUUCACAACUACAAAAUCUAAUGAUUUAGCACAGCCGCUCGUUGAAGGGAAUGUACCGUUCAAGAUUCAUAUAGUGAAGGAUCAUGAUAUGAAAGAAAGGCUGUGUCUUGAAGUAGAGAGGUUGGGUUUGAGUGCAGUGAUAAUGGGGAGUAGAGGGUUUGGUGCUUCGAGGCGUAGCAUAAAAGGAGGGAGGCUAGGUAGUGUGAGUGAUUAUUGUGUGCAUCAUUGUGUUUGCCCUGUUGUUGUUGUUAGAUAUCCUGAUGAUAAAGAUGGGGUCGCUGCUGAUGAUGCAAAUGAAGGUUCAGUUAAAAAAGAGACAGAUCUUCACCCUGUGCCUGAGGAUGAACCAAUAUACCAUGAUGCCGAGGAUAAAGCUGCAGAUUUGGAGAAGGCUUCUUGAGUAAGUUGAAGGUGCAGAGAUGUUCAAGUACUCUAGUGAGACGGACUUGGUUUUGGUGUGGGCAUGGGCCAUUUGGAAAAUGAGUUUGGUGGUUUUCAGUGCUUUCUUUCUGCUUAUGGUUGUCUUCUGUGUUUCGAGUUUAUGAAGUUUGAAAUGAUUGUUAUUGUUCAUGAGCUUCUUCUCUUUGUUUUAGGUUAUAAAAAUGGCUACCUGCUUUUUAUGUGGAAUAACUAUCUUUUGAAGCUGCUUUGUACAACUUUCCAUGUUGAUUGCA